AUGGGCUCUACGACUGCUACUCCAGAGACAAGUCCAGCGAGGACCGACAAGGCUAGAAAACCCGGAAGCGAAAUUUAUGUUCCUAAACAAAGACGUGGCUCAACUGGUGAAGAGUUAUCUCCGGUUGGAGAGUCUGCUAAUAAUAACAUUAAUGACACUUCUGAGAAUCAAGACAAUGGAAUCAUUAGAAAAGGUCGAGGCAAAUUUCGUGGUCCUGGUAGUGAUACUCAACAAGACCAACAAAACUCUCGUACUCCAAGAGGUCGCGAUUUUGAUGCAACAGUUUUACGACAAUAUCCGCCCAAAGGAGGGGAAAAACCUUCAAAAGGUCAUGCUAAGAAAAAGUCAAAAUCUGAUAGCAGACGAAAUAGCAACGGGCAACAAGGUUCUGAAAGUGGUGGAUCCGGUAGUGAAAACAAUGCUUCCGACGACGUCACCAAAAUUACUAAUUCGCUUGAAAAUGUUAAUAUUGGUGACAAUGAAAAUGAUGGCAAUCCCGCCAUUCAAAUUAAUGACACAUCGGUAUCCCCUCAAGAAGGACAACAAACCGUUGAAGAAUGGGAAAAGAAUGCUGCGAAUGGAGAGGUGAAAACUAAGGAUGACGUCUCUAGUCCUGUCGCCAGUCCUGUAGAUGGCGCUUCAAAUCCGUUUGAUUGGAGCACUAGACAGAAGGAAGGUCAAAAGACCGAUAAUCGUCCACCAGGCUUCAAAAAGGGUCACAAAAAGAGCAGAAGCAGCAAAAUUGAUUUUAAUUUUGAUCCAGAUGCAUACGAAGGAUCAACUCGUAUUCUUGAUAUCUUUGAUUUUCCUGCAUCUUUCAAGACGCACCAUCUUCAUGAAAUUUUUCAAGAAUACGAAAAUAUGCGUGGUGGCUACCGUAUCAAAUGGAUGGAGGAUACUCGUGCUUUAAUUAUCUUUGAACACCCUGCGACCGCAUAUGUGGAUAAUGUCAAUAAUCAACUUGCCACCAUUAAACCGUAUGACGGCCCUACGGAUUUCCUUCAAAAAAAUCCUAAUAAUUCUACACAACGUAUUCGUCCCGCAACUACCGAUAUGGUCGCCAAGCGCCUCGUUCAUGGCGCUCUUGGUGUUCGCGUUGCUAGAUCUCCUGAGCAACGUCAAGUAGAAAAUCAAAUCCUUAGAACAGCUAGAGAUCAACGGGACCAAAAACGCAAUGAACAAAUUAGGCGAUCCCAAGAUUUGGACGCUGCCUUCGAUGAAUAA